AUGCGACAGGCCACAGAUAUGAAGGAGAAAAGUGGGGUUUUCCACGCGUGGAAGGUGCUGCUGGUGGGGAUGUGUGUGCUGCUGCUGAUCCUGACCUUCUGUCUCGUGUUUCUGCUGGUUCGGCAGAAGGAGCUGUCAGAGGAGCUGCUCAGGUUGGACGGACAGAUCCAGGAGCUGUCACAGAGCUGCAGGCUGCAGGCAGGAAUCAUGUCCACGGACCAUGGUGAGGCUGCAGAGCUGAAGACGCUCCAACGCAGCAGGAGGAACCAGGAGGGGGAACAGACACAAAGUCGAGACGAGAAGGACAUGCUGAUGCUGAUGACAUACUCCAUGGUCCCUGUCAAGUCCCUCAUGGACCUGUGCAGCUCCAGAGGGGUUUGUUUAAUAGGUCCAGCUGGGCCUCCAGGUAGAGCUGGUUCACCAGGAGCACAGGGAGAGCCGGGUAUGGAGGGGAGACGAGGGAGAAGAGGACCCCCUGGUAAAGUUGGAGAACCAGGACCCAAAGGAGACCAUGGGCCUCCUCGACUGAAAGACGAAACCUGCAACGACAUUCUCACUGAGGGUCCAAGGGGUCCACCGGGUCCACCGGGUCCACCGGGUCCACCGGGUCCACCUGGUCCAAACUUACCUGCAUGUAAUCCUAAUAAAGUGAGAAACAGAACCAUCGGCAGACACGCUCAUCAAACCAACAAGCUGAUGACGUCGUCUCCUCUCCCGACCAGAAACAACUUGAAUGAAACUGACACAGAAAACAGGACAACAAUGAACACGACUGAAUCACCAACAUCGCAUCCACCCGAUAAAACCAGAAACGUCUUGAACGUUACCGACUCUGCGAAACUACUCAACACACAAAUGCAGCCUGACUCAGAAUCAUUCCAUUCGCAACACAACACAAACGCCUUGAAUGAGACCAACACAGGAGAUGUCACAGAGGCACCGUUAAAAUUAUCAACAGCUCUACCUUAUGGAGACUUGGGUCACACCAGUGAUGCCUUCAAACACAGUGGAAAUAUCAGUCAUACAACAUAUCUCAAUGUUUCUACAGAGUCAGUUUCUCCUCAACCAGACAACAGACAUGGGUCCUGGAUUGAAACCAACACGAGGAAUGUUACAGAGUCUCCAGUUGAAAUAUUAUCAGUUUCACCAACACCACGUGCAGCUCAUGAAGCCGCUGAUGUCAUGAACUUUACAAACUCAGAGAGGUUGACAAACAUAGAUAAGAAAACUGAGUGCCAUAUCAAAAAUAUCAAAUGUUCGGAGAGAGCCACCAAAAUGAGAAGCACGUUUGGAGCCUGGAUGUCAGAUGCAUCGCUGCUGGACAACGGUCGAUACUGGCUGGCUGAUCAUUUUUCAGGACGAAUUUUGGCAGAGUAUGAGAACAUUUCCUCCUCUCAGAGCAUGAGCAACAAAACCAUAGAUGUCAGGAGGUUCUACCAGGGCUGUGGCCAUGUUGUUUAUAAGGGGUCCUUUUACUUCCACAAUGCAGGAACAAACAAUCUUUUAAAAUUUGACCUGAACACUGGGAGAACUGACACUCUGACUAUGGCAAAGAGCAGAUACAACAAUCUGAAUUAUCUUUUCUGCAACGCAAAGACUUACUUCAAGUUUGCUCUGGAUGAAAAUGGACUGUGGGUGAUUUUUGCUUCAGAUACAGAUGAUAACACGAUGGUUGCAAAGCUCAACCCCGACACAUUUUCUGUGGAGUCUGUCAUCAACACUGCAUACCCCACAACUAAAGCAGGAAAUGCUUUCAUUGUAUGUGGUGUGCUUUAUUUCACAGAUGAUAAGGACAGAGGAGUAGCAUAUGCUUUUGAUUUGAAGAAACAGAGUCCUUUUGAUGCAAGUUUUGAUUUAAGGCCAGCUAAAGGCAUUUUGGCUAUGGUGUCUUACUAUCCCAACAAAAGGCUUUUGUAUAUGUGGGAGAACAGCAAAGUGAAAACCUGCAGAGUUAAACUCAAAGUGACCUCAAAAUAACCAAAAGAACCCUGUAA